CAAAAAGUCUAUAUUUGGUUUUAUUUUCUUUCUUAAAAAUGAGCUCAAAUGAAACAAAGGCUGAUAGCUGUCCUACAACCCCUGGGUUGUCUAUGGAAGGAGGAUUUGAACCAGGAUUAGAUUGGUCUUCACUUAGAACAGAUCCAACAGGCAAUUGGCAUGUUAUUGGCUGGGUUGUCUGUGUUGGUAUUCUUGCAGUAACAUGGAUUAUAUCACUGAUGACUAUGUUUAAGCACCUGAGAAAUUACUACGAACCUCAAAUACAACGACAUAAACUACGGGUGAUUUUGUUUCCACCUGUCUACGCCACACUAUCAUGGUUUGGUUACCUAAGAUAUGAUUAUUCUACCACCAUCAAAUUUUUUGCGACUGUGUUUGAAGCAUUUGCUGUAUUUAAUUUGUAUAUUUGUUUACAAGCCUAUCUUAAGCCUUUUCGACAAGAAGCUGGUGCAUUAAAAGAACCCAAGGAUACCAAGAUUAUGUUUGUUUAUAAUCUUCAUUUAAAAUCAAAAUGGGGAAUGCAUUAUCGUAUUAUUACAGAUAUUCUUGUCUUUCAAUACCCUAUUUGGUCACUUUUAGAUUCCUUUAUGUCCAUUUUUGCAGAACUCAAAGGUCGUUAUUGUCAAGGCAGUUACAGUUUUAGUGGUGCUUAUGUCUACUUGACCAUCAUCAACUUUAUUUCCUUAUCUGUCAUUUUGGGUGCUCUUUUCACCUAUCUCGAUGUCUUUCAUAACGAAUGGAAACGAGGCCAUAUUCGCGCCCAUGGUAUGUUUUGGUGUGUCAAGGGUCCUAUCAUGGUCAAUUUUUACUUUGGUGAAAUUCUGUUGACUAUCUUGACCACAGUUGGUGUAAUUAAGGGCACCGAUGGAUCACAUGGCAGUAUCGCAUGGCCUGCUGAUGCUGUCAAAAAUGGCUUGUAUGUGAUUAUCGUCUGUGUAGUGAUGAUGGUCGAUAGUAUUAUGAUGAACAAGUUUUUUGGUCCUCAAGACAAUAUUGCCAGUGCUGCUAGUGUAGGCCAAGUUAAGAAAAUGUCGCCCUGGAAAGCUUUUGUAGAUGGCUAUAUAGCCUAUAUUCCCGAGUUUUUGUACAUGGCCUUGCGUUGUGGCGCAGAUUCGUUCCAGUUAAUGAAAAAGCGACGCGAAUUAAAGAAGAGAAAAGAGACUGAGGGUGUUGAUAAAUCGAACUUGUUAAAUGAACAAUCAGAUUCUGUAGAUUACAGAAUGACUGAACUCAAUCAAAAUUCACCAGCUUCAAAUAGUUAUCCUUCAAACAGUAAUCUCAUGUACGAACAAUCUCAAAAUAGAAAAGAACCAAUGUCUUUUCCUGAGCCACAACAUGUAACAUAUCCUCAACAUAAUUCUUAUUAUUCACAGCAUUCUUAACAAAAGAAACUACAUUUUAUUUUAAUAAAUAAUUUAAA